CAUCACUACCGCGCUUCGCUACGUAGGUACCUUAUCUUCUAAAUGUUUUCGUUGUGUGACAAUAUGUGCCGUUCCAAAAUCAUCCUAGUUGUGAUUAAAAAUGUUUAAAAUGAUCAGUGUCAUCACUUUGCCACUGUGAAAAAUAAUUUCCAUUUUAUUUUGUCUCAAGUGUAUUAGUUUUCUAAAAUAUCGUGAGGGGGUGGUGCCGUGAUGCCAGUUCGUAAGCAAGAGGCACACCGAGCACUAGAACUGCUGGAAGACUACCACAGCAAAUUGGUAAAGCCGCAGGACCGACAACUUCGCCUUGCCAUCGAGAGAGUCAUUAGGAUAUUUAAAUCACGACUUUUUCAAGCUCUACUUGAUAUUCAAGAGUUCUACGAGCUCACACUUCUCGAUGACACCAAGUCGGUUCAACAAAAGACUGCGGAAACGAUACGGAUCGCGAACAAAUGGGAAGCUGAUAACGUCCGACGGGAGGUAAGGAAAUUGAAAAUCCCACAUACAGAAGAUGGCGACUAUCGAAGUGUAUCCAAUGCAUUUCUCCAAGAGAAUCAUAGGAAAUCUGAAUCACGAAAUGCCACGCCAGAUUCGACAAAGGCGUAUUCUGUCGUGUUACAGACUGGAGAACCCGAGGAAAAGAAGGCUCACGUCACAUCACCAGAAAUGAAGCAGCCGUUACAGGUAAAUGGCAUAGAAGGUGGUGGUACGGAGCGCACACAAGGUGAGGAUGGGUACAUCUACAUGACGGUGGUGCUGUCGCGGGCGGGAGGCGCCGGGCUUGGCUUCAGCAUCGCGGGGGGGUCAGACAACCCUCACGUGGCCGAUGACCCACACAUCUAUGUCACAAAACUCAUUCCGGGGGGUGCGGCUGCUGCUAGUCAGCUGCAGAUCAAUGAUGCCAUAUUACAGGUGAAUGAUACGAGUGUUGACAGUGUUACGCACGCUGACGCAGUUGAUGCAUUAAAAAAGGCUGGCAAUACUGUGAGACUGAAAAUACGACGUCGCGCGACUGAAGAUACUUCAAACAGUUUACAUGUUACAAAGCCGGAGGAAUCCGUAGAGAUCGAGUUAGUGAAGGGUGGCUCUGGUCUCGGGUUCAGUAUAGCGGGGGGUCUCGGAAACCAACACAUCCCGGGCGACAAUGGUAUUUACGUGACCAAGAUAAUGGCUGGUGGUGCUGCUCAUAGAGAUGGCCGAUUGAGAGUCGGCGAUAAACUGUUAAUGGUCAAGAAUACUUCGCACGGAGAUGUGAACCUUGACAAUGUGACACACGAAGACGCCGUGGCUGCGCUCAAAGCGACGGGCGAGCGAGUGUUACUGGUGCUAGUACCCGGCCCGAGGCAUGGACAGCCUUCUCCGAGGACCUCGCGAGCUAAUACGCCAACGAGAAUGACUAUUGAAAAUACUGAAACAGCGUCAAGCACGGCCAACUCGCUGCGUCGGGAGGAUGUCACGGAUAGCAAUGAGGAGUCGAGGGUCGUUGACCUCGAGAAGGGUCCCCAAGGUCUCGGCUUCAACAUAGUCGGUGGUGAAGAUGGACACGGAAUCUAUGUGUCGUUCUUACUGGCGGGCGGCCCGGCCGAGCGCUCGGGGCAGCUGCGGCGCGGAGACCGACUUCUAGCCGUCAACGAUGUCGAUAUCACGCAUGCCACUCAUGAACAGGCUGCUAAAGCUUUGAAGAGCACAGGACAGAAUGUGAAGCUAACAGUGGUGUACAGGCCACAGGAAUACAACAAGUUUGAAGCGCGCAUCAAUGAACUGAAACAACAUCAUACGCUACUCAGGACAUCCCAGAAACGAUCCCUCUAUGUUAGAGCACUGUUCGAUUACGACCCAAUCCGAGACGAUGGUUUACCCUCAAGAGGUUUGCCCUUCCGAUACGGUGAUAUUUUGCAUGUGACCAACGCUUCGGACGAUGAAUGGUGGCAAGCCAGAAGGCUGGACAAGUCUGAGGGCGAGGCGAUCGGCAUCAUCCCGUCCAAGCGGCGCUGGGAGCGCAAGCAGCGGGCGCGGGACCGACAGGUCAAGUUCCAGGGGCAGGGGACGCCGGUUAGCACUAGCCAGUCAACACUCGAAAGGAAAAAGAAAACAUUGUCGUUCAGCAGAAAGUUCCCGUUCAUGAAGAGUCGAGAGGACGGCAAAUCUGAGGACGGUUCAGACCAAGAACCUUUCAUGCUUUGUUAUACUCAGGAGGAUGCUAACGCGGACGGGGAAAUCUUGUACCGAGUGGAACUUCCCAUGAUGGAGGAGAUAACGCUCAUUUAUCUCGAGGACGAGAGUCAAGAUGAAACGGUGCUAUCGUAUGAGACCGUUCAACAGUUGACCAUAACAUACACGCGACCCGUGAUAAUCCUGGGCCCUCUCAAGGACAGAAUAAACGACGAUCUAAUAUCUGAGUUCCCUGAGAAAUUCGGCAGCUGUGUGCCACACACGACCCGCCCCCGACGCGACUACGAAGUGGACGGUCGUGACUACCACUUCGUGUCGAGCCGCGAACAGAUGGAGCGGGACAUACAGAACCACCUGUUCAUUGAGGCCGGACAGUAUAAUGAUAACCUGUACGGCACCUCCGUCGCGUCCGUCAGAGAAGUCGCUGAGAAGGGAAAACAUUGCAUUUUGGACGUGAGCGGUAAUGCAAUCAAGAGAUUACAAGUAGCGCAACUUUACCCUAUUGCCAUAUUUAUAAAACCAAAGAGCACAGAGUCUAUAAUGGAAAUGAAUAAACGAAUGACUGAAGAACAAGCGAAGAAAACUUACGAACGUGCGCUGAAGAUGGAACAGGAGUUCGCCGAAUACUUCACCGCGGUAGUGACGGGCGACACGCCGGAGGAGAUCUACGCGAAGGUGAAGGCGGUGAUCACGGCGGAGAGCGGGCCCACCGUGUGGGUGCCGCGCCGCGACCCGCUCUAACACGUGCCUGCCGCCCGUCGCCGCCCGAGCCACUAACCAGCUCGGCACCGCGACGCCUGGCCAUUUCGCCUCUUUUUACAAUUAUUACGAUCAGACUUUCUUCAAUCACCGCUUCAUAGAUAGACCAUAUCGGAGUUCAUUUAGCGUUAUCUUGAAAAUUAAUGUAAAUUCCCCCUCCCCCCCUCGUGGAUAGUCCACCGACGAUAGCGUUCACUGUUGUUUACUAAAAUUACGCUUAUGUUUAUCGUGCAAAUCUAUUAACGAAGACGAGUCGUCGAAUGCAAGUUUUAUAUCGAAUUAUUAUUUUUAAUUCACUGACAAAGCCCACUAAUUGUGCUUCAAUUAACUAUGUAAAUUUAUUGUAUAUUUAAUGACAUUUUGAAAUGGUAUUAAACAUGUUAAUUUACUCAGGUUGCUAGAUACAUUUUGAAUUUUCGUCAGUGUUAAGAGUUUACUAUUAUUACAAUAUUCAGAUAGUGGAUUUAUGUAAUGAGACGAGUCACGUGCACAGGUGAUGUUGAACCGCUAUAUAAAUUGUAUACCUACUAGUUAUGAUAUAGUUACGCUGUGUAGUUGAACCCACCUCACGCAUGGCUAGUGUAAGACGUACAUAAUCAGGAUUAUUUGCUCAAGCGGCAAUCUAUAUCGUAUCGUAACCAUUGAAUCUCAUGACAUUUCUGCACACCGUUGUCCUCCUUCACACUUUAGGCGAGGUGCAAAGUUGUUUGUUGAUCAUUUUUAUAGUAAGCAAUUGUGUUAUAUGGUGUGAAAUGUCUCACCAAUUAAAUAGUGUUUGACAUUUAUUUAUUGAGAAUUUUAUUUUCUUACGGAAUAAUUGAUGCUCAUCUGCAAAUAUGGCACUAGACGCGAGCAUGUAAAGCUUAAGUUGCAAUAUACUUGUUGUUACGUCGUGGCGUAUGUAUUGCUAAUUAUUAUGACCCUAAUAACAAAGUAAUGAUUACCCUGAGUAUUAUGUAUUACCUUAGUAUAAACAAUACGAUGCAUAUACUUUUAAAUAUUAAAAAAUGGUACUUAAAUAUUUUAUGAUAUGUUCAAAUAUAAUGAGAAUGUUAAAGUAUUAACUCAUACAUGAUAACAUGACAAAUGCUUAUGACGAUUUCUACAGAAUAUUUUAAUUUUUGACAAUAGAAAGGCAUUACGACAAACAAUUGGUGUAGUACUGAUAAAUUGUUGAAUCCACCGAUGAGGUUUGACACUGUUUAUAUUUAUAGUAAUAUUGGCCGAGCACUAUUUUUCACAAAUGUUAAGUCACUGCCGUUUGUCGUGAUUCCUUUUUGCAAUUUUUGUUGUGUAAUGUAAAUAAUAAUUAUGAUAGAUAUUUUAAUUUAUUUUUAAGAUUCUAUAUCAAUGUAUUAACACCAUAGUCACGAAAAUGGUUUAUUUUUAAAGCUAUUUAUUUUAUCAUUUAUAAGUAGGUAUUUUAUUUAAUAAUAAAUUGAGUUUGUGCAAAUUAAGUGUAUAAUGUCUUUUUAACAUGUAGUUUAACAUUUUAAUCCACAUCCAUAUUUGCAGAUGUACAAUGUUUAUGAGUUAGUGAUGUUCAAUAGAAUAGUUUGAAUAAAAUUAUUUACGUUGAAAA